UAGAAGAAGAAAAAAGGAGAAAAGGAAAAAAAGAGCUACGGCAAGUCGGAGAAAAAUCACUCGAUUAAGGGACCGUCAUUUCUAUUUAGUUCCAAUUUGUAUAUGUUCGUCACAUACAUGCGUUUGCGUGUUCAUUUCUCAAUUAUCAGCGUGAGUACAUAAAUUAACUUUGGUGGUUGAAUACGCAGUAAUUCUGCGACCACACUGCUAGCCUGGCAAGCUAACGGUAAAUUUAAGAGUUUUUCUCGACAAAAACUCCAGAAUGAGAAAUCCAACAGUUAGUUAACCCAUCUUGGUUUGUGAAAACUAGUCGGCGGAUCGUGCAGACAGAUCGUGAGACACGACUGCAGAAUGACAGGUGAGUGACACCUCCAUGUCAACAACAACCUAAGUGUGGAACGACUAGCACUGGGGCAGUGUACUGUGGUCAGGCCAGCCUCCACUUGAAGACGAACUCAGAUGAUGCCCUCCUACUGGAUGUGCCUGUCAUUCAGCAGCUGUACCACUGGGACUGUGGUUUAGCUUGCGCCAGGAUGGUACUCAAGUACCUGCACCCCAUCAGUGAUGAGCAGUUUCAGAGAGCCUGCUGGGACCUGAAAAUGACUGAGAGCGUGUGGACGAUUGACCUGGCCUACCUCAUGUGCCAUCUAGGGAUCAAGCAUUGUUUUUGCACACAGACGCUGGGCGUCGAUAAGGGCUUUAGGAAUCAGUCCUUUUAUAAGAAGCAUUUUGAUGCUGAAGAAGAUCGCGUGAAUGAGCUUUUCCUUAAAGCAGAGAGCAAAGGUGUGGUUGUGAAGAAAUGCUCCGUGUCCAUUCAGGAAAUCGAGUCUCAUCUAGAAGAGCGCCAUGUUGCUAUCGUGCUCAUCAACGCUGUCAUCCUCACUUGCGAACUCUGCUCUGCACCUGUCAAAUAUUGCUGCUUCCUUCCUGUGGGCCAGAAGUGUUUCUGCCGGAAACCAGAGUAUCAAGGGCAUUUUGUAGUGCUGCGAGGCUUCAACAGGACCACCGGCUGCAUCUUGUACAAUAACCCUGCAUAUUCUGACCGGGUGUGCUGCACCACUGUCAGUAACUUUGAGGAGGCACGUCGGAGCUAUGGGACAGAUGAAGACAUUCUCUUCAUCUUUAAAGCAAGCUGAUGUGGAUUUGACUUCACCGUGGACUUGUUCAGCAGGUCCCCAUCCUGCUUUGGCCCCAUCUCCUCGCCUCCCCCCAUUGGUGCUAAUGAGUCUAGCUGCUCGUAAGAAAAAGACUUCAACACUUGGAUUUUCUCUUUUACAACCAACACCACUCAGCCUGUUUGGGAAGUACUCAACAGGCGAUGCUCAAUUGUUUUUAAUUAUGCUUUAUUUUUUUACAUGAGUAGAUCAUUUUACUGAGAAUAUAUUAGGAUUUUUGAAUGUCUGGAUUUUUUAAGAAAACUUCUAACAGACGGUAUUGUGGUUAAUGCUGACCUAGUUUAGUAUUAUUCACAAAGUGGUGUGCACAUCAUUCAGGUCUUGGGGAUUUCUUUUAUUCCUAUUUUUGUGUUUUUAAAUCACCAGUAUUAUCUGAAGUCCAAACUCAACUUUUGUCAUUUUGUUCACAUUUUUAUUGCGACAAAGAAACUAGUUGGGCUUUGAAAGUCUCAGGAAAUUAAAAUAGCCUUACAAAGAUCAAAAGCAGUUUUGAAGGAUGCUGUCGGCGGGCUAUUCAUUUAACAAUGUUUAUAAAUUCUUGUAGUUGUGAUUUGCAGUGCUGAUGUAAAACUGCACUUCAUCAUAAGACAAAUUGUUAUUCUAAUAUUUUGUCUAUUUUUUUAAUCUAAAAAACACCUCAUUAGUAGUAUAAACUCAAACUGAGCAUUCAUUUGUGAUUAGCAUUGAAAGUAUUUCUCGUCACACAUGUAUAGGAGACCAUAAAAAUGCAUUGAUCGAUAAUCUUGCGACGGAAAUUCAGCUGUCCUCAAUGCGGUGUCCUCUGAGUGUAUAUUAUGAACCAAUCUCAGAUUUUAUUCCUCCUUAAGGGAAACUAGAUUUCAUGAAAUGAUCCAAAACAGAAGCUGCCAUUAAGAAGAACGUGCUUGAAGAUCCGUAACUUACCUGUGUUGUUCAUGUUUUCUGUUAAGCUUCAGUAGAAGGUUUCUGUUUUGUGGAAACAAAUCAGCUGGAGCAUGCUUAGAUUUUUUGCAUUGCCAUUUUCUUGCGAAUGUCAUUGCACUACACUUUUCACGCACAAUUAUGUUGUUUAAAUUAAACAUUUAAUCCUA